CAAAGCGGUCAAAUAAAUUGAAUUUAGUGUUUCUUGAACUUAUGUAUUGUGCGUAUAGGUAAACUGUAAGAAACUGUAAACAGUGAAAUAACCUGUUAAACUGCAAGUCACGCGAAAAUUCCUUUCCAAGUAGUUAAUAAACAUAUUAAAUAUUAGCCUACAUAAACACUGUAGCUGUUAUGGAUAAGGACUGCAUUAAUGAUCCUGCAAAAUUACAUUCCCUUGAUUAUACGGAACUGAUUUCAAAACAAAAUAUAAAUAUUAGAACUGAAAAUAAGAUUCCAGAAGAGGUUUUGAUUGAAUCUGGUUCCCAAUCCCCAUCAGUUUCACAACAACAAAAACAGAGUCAAACAGUCACUAGCGAAUCGGAUAAUCACUGCAAUGAAUCAGAGAAUGAAUGCGUUAAAAAUGCAAAUUCGAUUAUUAUGGAUCACAUAUUCAAUAAUCCAUUGAUUAAUAAUGCAACAAGUUUGACAUUGAAGUCUGAAAAUAUAUUACGUCAACAACAGUAUCGUGAAUUAUUUCAGCAGUGGUCGAAACUGGACGUGGACCUGACACGUGGGCAAUCCUCGUGGAAUCACAAUCGUGAUACAUUAUUGGCUCGUAUUUACAGCAAUAAUUGCUCUUCACAACAUCAAAAUCUAUUGGCAACUCAGUUGAUGUAUGCACAAUUUCUGCAGCAACCGCAACAACAACGCCAUGAAGUGAUGGGAAGAGAUCUUAGGUUUCAUUUGUUUGAGUUCCCUGGAUUGGAAAAAACGUCAAUAGAAACUGAAUCGUCGUCAUCAUCGUCGAAAAUUACGCAGGACAACAACAACAACUUUAGAACUCUUAGUGAUAUUGCUGCUGACGAUAGCUUUCAAAGUGAUCGAAAAGAAGAGAACAUUAAUCAUAUCCUCGAUGAUCAGAGAGAAAAGUAUUCGAAAAGUCCAAUAGGAAAACAAACGUUCAUUGACUCCAGGAGUAACUUUUUUCGGGAGCAAAAGAAUAUCCUUUUUGAUAUUAAGAAGGGCUUGGAAAAGUGGGCAUUGCUUUGCAAAAAAUUUCAAUUAAAUCUAAGCGCGUCCCGACAAGCAUUUAGAUCCCCAUAUGAUGCUAACGAUCAUGACGUUGACGAUGAACAACGGAAAUUACAAGAUUCAAGCACAGCACUUGAACUUACUGUCCAAAUGCAAUUAAAGAGUAAUCGGAAAAAAAUUGAUAAUAUGAUAUUGCAAGUGCGAAGGCUUUAUCAGCAGUGGAGCAGCGCAGAACUUUACUAUAUACGAAGCUUGCAACGUCUUGGACUUUCACCAGAUAUUGAAAAUGGUUCCUGCUAUGUAGAUCGAGCAAACCCACGUCAGCUUACACAUGAUACGAUGGCACUAGCAGCAAUUGCUCUCUCUGCAGAAUGUGAUAGACGGGAAGUGAAGCACGAAAAUUUUUGGAAUCCGUCGGCAUCCCACACACAAGAUCCCGAUAUACAUUCACGCAGCUUGCACGACAUUGAAAAUAUCAUACUGGCACAAGCCGCAACGGUGCUCAAUCAAAAAACCUCUUGCAAUGAUCAAGGUGAAAAUACUGAUAGUAAUAGCGAUGAAGAGGCGACGCCUCUGUGUAUUUGGCAUCCUAGCUCUAUAUCUGAUCAACGCUCAGAACCAAUUCAACUUGGCUGCAGUACUGCUGCGGAAAUUGUGUUGGAAUUCGCAUCAAAAUCUCGAUUGCAGAAUACCAUGAUAAGUGAAACAAAUGCUCCUCCUGUUCAAAAUCCAAAAGAUGGCAUGACAAAGAAUUGUCCGGUUUUAAACUUAUCGCCAAUAACUGCUCAUGCACUUAAACCAGAAAACAUUGUUCCUUGUAUUAACGAUCCCAGUUACUUGGUGGACAUUCAAUUCCCUCCAACGCCAUCGACGCCACCGACCAGUAGUAACAGUAGUUGCUCAACGGGUCCGCUUGGUGCAUCUUCUACUUCAAACAACAGUGGAUAUCAUAAUCGCCGGAAAUCGCGAUUUGCGCGUCGCAUUGAUAUACCUGCAACAUUAUUACCAAAUAUCAGCGCAACGAAUAAUAAGAAGGUAUUUCAAGAAGAGGUCGUUUCGAUUGCCAAUCUACCGGGGUGUGCAAAAACUUCAGCCGCUACUCGAACAACCAUCGCCACUUCCUCCUCAACAGUAGCAACUGUAUCUACAUUUCAAGACCGCACGCUUUCUAAUGUGUUAAAGACUCAAUAUAACUCCUCGACGACGGCUAAUGAGAGUAAAAUUACAAAUGGAAAUACUCCAGCUGGAAUUGGUACUACUAAAGCCGGUGCUCCUAGCAAUAAUUGUGAAGGUAUCACUGUAUUUGACGUCCCUUACGAUUUGAGCAUUGGAAGCCGUCUACAAAAAAUAAACUUGGAUACCAAAAGCUCAUCAAAUUCGCAGUCAAAUGACUGUAAAGAUAGUUCGAAUGAUAAGAAGAAACCACAUAUUAAAAAACCUUUAAAUGCAUUUAUGCUCUACAUGAAAGAGAUGCGUGCCAAAGUAGUUGCCGAAUGUACACUGAAAGAGUCAGCAGCUAUCAAUCAGAUUUUAGGAAGACGGUGGCACGAACUGUCCCGCGAAGAACAAAGCAAAUAUUACGAAAAGGCGCGCCAAGAGCGUCAAUUGCAUAUGGAGUUGUAUCCGGGGUGGAGCGCACGAGAUAACUACGGUUACGUGUCAAAAAAGAAAAAGCGUAAAAAAGACAGAUCGACUGCGGAUUCGGGAGGUAACAAUAUGAAAAAGUGUCGAGCUCGAUUUGGUCUGGAUCAGCAAAAUCAAUGGUGCAAGCCCUGCAGGCGUAAAAAGAAGUGCAUCAGAUACAUGGAGGCGUUGAACGGAAGCGGGAGGCAGGAUGACGGUAGUUGUAUGGAUGAUAUUGGCAACAUGAGUCAACUGAGCGAUGAGGACGAGGACGACGAUGAUGACGCUGAUCUAGCUGGUGCCAGUGGGGGAAGCGGCGAUGAGGCGGAAACCAAUAAAAUGGUAGAUACUGAGGAUACAGAAGAGUCAACAAAUCAGUCAAUGUCAAGUCCGGGAUGCCUGAGUGGCUUGUCGAGCUUACAAAGCUCAACGACGACGAGCCUUGCCAGUCCUCUGAAUAUGAAUAUGUUAACUAGUCCGGCAACACCGCAGACGCUGGCUACAGUUAGUAUGCUUUCACUUGCAGUCAAUGCUGAGCAGUCGACUGCUACGAAUACUCAGCAAACGAAAGGAUGUGGAUCGUCGAGUAGCGUUUCAACAAGUAUCAUAAUUAACACGCCAAAUACCUCAAGUGCCUCAUCGUCAGCGACCUCGUCGUCGGGACUCGGAAACGGAAUGGGAACCAGUAUAGCACCGACGACAACAUCAGCAUCAGCUAAUGAAAGGGCCACGAUGCUUGGCACUCGUUUCAGUCAUUUAGGUAUGGGCUUAAGUCUGUCUACGGAAAAAAUCUUUCAAUCAAACGUCUAUCAUUUUAACACGAGCUCGUGCACGGAUACCAGCAUCAGCUUAAGUAAAAGCCACAGCCUCUCUACCUCUUUGGCAACGAAUGGAUUUAACACUUAUAACGCGCCUGUUAACGCAACGACGUCAGGCAGUAAGGUAGUAACCUCAAGCUCAACAUCGUUAACUCCCUUACCAACAACUUCAUCGUCAUUACAUCGCAAUCCAAUUGGUGCUAAUCCGCACGACAUUAACAAUCCUUUGAGCAUCAAUCAACUGACAAAGAGACGAGACGAUCACAAUAUUGUGUUAAAUGACGUGGCUAAUUACGAUUCUCAAUCGGCAGCAGCAUCGAUAGCAUCACUUCGCCAUAGUCCGUAUAUGAAUCCUCACGCAGCGCAUCCUCAUCAUUCGCUAUUCAACAGCAGUUUUACACAGCACUUUCAGCAGCAAUUAAGUAAUCAUCUCGCAGCAACCAGCAACAGUACUGUCAACGGGAUUGGAAUCGGACUCCAAACAGCUGUACUUCCACUUCCAAUUGAUACCCCCACCUUGACUAUAAAACGUCGCAAUACAUCUGAUACUCCAUCCACAGCAUCUGGCAAUGCUGCUGCGACAAGCAGUACCUCGGAUACUGGAGCCAUUAGCGUCUCAUAGCAGUUUUGUGAUUUAAUUGAUGUUUCAACAUAUAAAUAUCAAUGUAUUUCAACAAAAACAACAACAAUCACCCACAAUAAACGUGCAAUAAGAAGCGUUAUUUGCCAUUUUCUCACUAUUGCCAUUAAAAUAAUAUACUAUUUAAAUUGCGGCCAUUAUUAAAAAAGUGCCAAAAAACAAGAAAUUACUGUCAUCAUAAUUAUGAGUAUCAUGUGUACCAAAAUAUAUAUAUUAAUCAUUAAUUGAUUAAUUCUAUAUUGUAGUGUACACUAGUCGUCUCCCAUAACAAGGAUUGCAGAUAUAUUCCGAGUUCACGAAAUAAGGUUACAUCAUACAAGAGCAUCUCAAAUUGAUAUUUGGAUUUUGUGGUGUAAUUUUAUAAUGUAUAAUACAAAAUUGCCUUAGGUAAGAGUUUUCGUUAUUAACAACUUACUAAAAUUUGAGUUCGAUAAGGUUAAAAAUUUGUAUGACUAUCAUUUUGGGAAUAAUUUUGAUAUUUUUUCGUUUCAAUUGUAAUAGAAUUUUGCGGCAUUUUACUCUACUUGUACAGCCAAGUAGAUCAUGAGAAAAAUAAUAAAAUAUGAUAUAAAGUUUUACAUUUACUUAAGAAUGUGUAUGAAUUUAUAGAUACACAAAUGUACACAAUGUAGAUAUGUAUAUUAUUUAUACCUUUGCGAACAUACGUGAUCGUAUAUUGUAUAUACUCAGUGGCAGCAGUUUGUAGGUUCAUACACACACAUUUAUAAAGUAAAACGUACGAAUUUAUUGACCAUUGACCUGAUAGCGACUAUUACAAUUUAAUAAUUUCCAUUUUUAUGUCUGUAGAUAAAUUGGCAUUGUAUCAUUAUAUGAUAGGAGAAUAUUUACAAAAAAAAAAAAACAAAAAUUGAUAAAAACAUAAUACAAAUCUAAAUAUAUACAGAUAUAUGUAUAUAUAUUCUAAUAUUAUAUAUAUAUAUAUAUAUAUAUACAGCAUAUUUACAUAUACAGCAUAUUUACGACUGAUUUAACUGUACAAUUAUGUUAAAAUAUGUGGAUAUUUAAAGUUCUUUGAUCUACCUGGUGAAUGGUGAAUCGGUAGUCUAAAGUAAAUUCUAUGGUGGGUGCGUGUUUGAUAGACACGAUAAGCAUACAAACUUUGCUGCAGAUGUGUAUUUCGUUUAACUUGAAGAUUUGGGUUCUGGUCAGUGUUUUUGUUUAGUCUGGGAAUGCACAUGCCUUAAAAACAUAAGUCACAUUCAAAUUGAAAUAUCGCGUUUAUACUCGUUACUGCUCUUAUGUACAUAUAUGCAGCAAGAAGUCGUAUCGUGAGUCUACAAUUUUCACACAAUAAAAGCUCAUCGAAUAAAAACGAACACAAUAAUAUUUUUUAAA